CGUAUUUUUACGUAAGUUUCUGUAUGAGUUUAGAGAUUCAUACUUGAAUGUAUUUUGAGUGUAUUGCUGUGUUAAUGAAUGUCUAGGAUCUUGUUCUCAACAAGGAAAUUCGUUGAGGUGCUCGAGGUAGCAAGUGUGGUCUUAGCAACUGAGGAGUUUAGAAAUGCCUCCUAGAAGGUCAGUUAGAGUGGGUCGAGGUCGAGGCCAAGGCCAAGGCCGAGAUGAUGGAGGGAUCAAUGAACCACCUCAAGCACCACAGGGAUGGGAAGAGCGCAUUGCCGCACUGGAAGGAAUCAUUCAUAGGCAGGAUGAAGAACUUCGUCAGCUGAGACGUCAACCGGAGCCGCCAGUCCAAAUAAGGCAGGAUGCAGAAAAUAGAGACCCACCAGCUGCAGUGGUAUAUCCUGCUAUAGAGGCUAGACAUGAGUUGUUAGCAGAGAGAUUUCGGAAACAACACCCACCUGAGUUUGAGGGAGGCAUAGACCCGGUAGUGGCUGAGGAGUGGAUAAGUCGCAUAGAAAGCAUUUUGCAGAUGCUAAGGGUGGAUGGGAAUGACCGAGUGAAGUGUGCAUCUUACAUGCUGAGGAAAGAUGCUCGUAUCUGGUGGGAGGUGGUGGAACAAACAAAGGAUGUAGAUACCAUGAACUGGGACGAUUUCAAAAGGGUCUUUAAUGAGAAGUAUUAUAACUCAGCAGUUCUAGCAGCAAAUGUCGAUGAAUUUACUGGGUUAGUCCAAGGGAGUCUUCUUGUGAUCGAGUAUGCACAAAAAUUUGAUAGAUUGGCGAAAUUUGCUCCGGAUACGGUACCUACUGAUAGAGUGCGAGCACAUCGAUUUGUGGAAGGCCUGAAACCAAUGGUUGCUCGAGAUGUGGAAAUUGUGUCAAGGGGUCAAUUCAGCUAUGCUCAAGUUGUCGAAAUGGCUCUUACGGCUGAGCGGAGUGAAAACAAAAUUUGGAAGGAAAAUGCUGCCAGGAGAGAAUCUAAGAAAGGUGGAGCCAAUUCUAAUGACCACAAGAAACGGGGACAGGACCCAGUCCGGGCAGCCAAGUCAAGACAAGAGGUACAAAAGUGA